CCUACUGGUGAGGGGAGGACGCUUCGUCGCGCUCUGCACGACCGCUUUUCGCUGCCUCACCCUCUCCGCCCCAGACCGCUCGCGACGCCUGUCUCCAGGUAAUCCUGGGCGCCGCCACGAAGGAGAAGGAUACAACCCCACAUGGCGGCAACGGGUGCCAGUGGGGCGUCGUAACGUGUGCAAACUUUAUAUCCCGUCUCUUUCUGCCUCUACUUUCUCUCUUUUUUUGUGUGUGUAUUGUCUCCCUGUGUGUUCCGGUCGUUUAUAUGUAACGAGAAUAGAUAAGCCAAGUGCCAAAAACCUGGCAGUGAAUGUGACCCCUAACCACUCAAGGGAGAAAGAGGCGAAACUCGUGCGUGUGAGAGUGGCAAGUCAAGUGAACAAGCGAGCGAGCAAGCAAGCAAGCAAGCGAGAAGUAGAGAGCAAGGUAUCCGGGCCAAGUGAAUAGUACUUCAGCGAGAGAAGCAGCAACCGUGUGUGCUUUUGGAGAGCAGUGAGAGGUAACCAGUUUUCUCGGAUGGUGCCUUUGCUCUCUUCCUUAACGCUGAGGCAGCCCAAGUUUUGUGAGUGGGACACCUCAACGCUGCGUCUUAGCUUCCUCUCCCAGCCUAGACUGCAGGGACACCUUUAUUGAGUGACUGUAUGCUUCUUUACUUCCUCUUUGGAGCAUCGGUAGGCCCUGGCCUACAACCUCUACAGUGAUUCCGACCGAAACUUGUCUGUGAACUUGAAGAAAAGUACUCCUGAAGGCGAGUUUGUGUCGUAUUGGUCUGUCAUCUACGUAGCGUCGCCGUCUUAAUAUUUUCUUUAGUGGAAACUUAGCGAUGUGAUGUUGCAUUAGAUAGCUGUCAAAACGUUACUACUACUAUUACUAUUCGUCUCCUUUACUCCAGUUACUAGUAUUACUAUCAAUACUGUUAAUACUUGUACUGCCAUCCUAUGGAGAUUCCUAAAGUCAUUUCCUGCCUGCUACCUACGUCUCACUGGGAUAUAGCUUAAAGUCACCUGCGCGAUCCUUAGCAUCCAGGUGGAGGAGUUUUAGGUGACAUAUUUCAGGAAAAAAAUUGCAGUCAUAGCAGGACGUACCCGUGUGAGUGCCGGAUCCUGGAGACACACCUUCGCAUCAAAGCCAUCCAGGUGAAAAACACUGGUUGUUCUUGGCUGUCAUUUGCGCGCCGCUGGGAUGAGGGACACCUGCCAAGGUGUGUGAGGAAGGGAGGUACAGGUGUCAAGUGCUCUGCCUCCACCAUGAAGAGCAUCACCCUCCCUCUUCCUCCCUCUGUGGGUCUCCUCCUCCUCUUCCCCAUCUUUUUAGUGCUGCUAUUCCUCUGCUCGCACGCCUCGGCCGCCUACACCUUCGAGACCUCAGAGUCGGAAGGAGAGACGUCGAAGGUGGAGGUGGUGGAGGGAUACAACGCGUCCCUCCCUUGCUCCAUCACCUCGCCUCCUCACGACACAGCGGUGCUCACUCUCUGGUACAUUGGCUCCGGGGAGACGCCUGUGUAUAGUUACGACCAGAGGCACAUAGAGCGCACGUCGGACUGGUCAGAAAAGGCAGUGUUCGGGGGCCGCGCCAGGUACCUUCCCUACGAACACCCGCCUGUCUUGCACCUGACCAAUGUGACCACCACGGACGCCCGCCGCUACCGAUGCCGCGUUGACUACAAGGAAACCAACUCCCGCCAGGCUUGGGUGGAGCUCUCUGUUAUAGUUCCUCCGAGCAAGAUUGAAAUCAUCAACAGAGUAUCGCCAGUGGAGCUAGGGGAGAUGAACGACGUGGGAUGCAGAGUGAGUGGAGGGUCUCCGCCAGCGCGCGUGGUGUGGAUGCAGGCCGGCAAGGUGGUGGACAACAACGCCACGGUGACUCCCUCGGGCACUACCGUGAACGAUCUGCAGGUUCCCGCAUCCAGAAGGGACCUGCGACUGCCCUUCACCUGCCAAGCCUCCAACAAUGACGUGACAGCGCCUCUUGUGGCCACGCACCACCGCAACGUUAGCUGCGGUCCUCUUAGCGUCAGUGUUACGUCGGAGGACAAGCCGCUGGUGGCAGGUCGCAGCGCAGAGCUAGUGUGCACGGUGGUAGGCAGCAACCCGCCGCCUCUCAUCACAUGGUUCCUGCAGGGCAAGCAGGUGGCGUCGCAGAAGUCUAAGAUGGAGAUGACCGGCAACGUGACUGUAAGCAUGUUGAGACUACAGGUGGAGAGACGCCACCACCGCAGCCAGCUGGUGUGCCGCGCCCAGCACCCCACGCUGCCCCGGGAGACCAAGGAAGACAUCUUUGUUCUCGACGUCUCCUAUAAGCCUCUCGUUAACCUCACCCUCGGCCGUACCCUGAACGCCCGCAACCUCAAGGAAGGCAUCGACCUCUUCUUCGAGUGUUCCAUCGACGCCAAUCCUCGGCCCUACAAGAUUCGCUGGCUCCAUCAGGGCGAGGAACUGGUGCACAACGUGAGCGCCGGAGUGAUCGUGGGUGAUGCGACACUGGCACUGCAGGCGGUCAAGAGGCACAGGUCAGGCCGCUACGAGUGCGAGGCGUCCAAUGUCGAGGGGGACUCCCGUAGCAAUGACGUCAGCAUCAACAUCAAAUAUGCCCCUCGCUGCGCCGUGGCCCCAGCCUUAAGAGGUGUGGCGCUGCUGGAGCGAACCAACAUCACAUGUGCUGUUGACGCCGACCCUGUGAACGUCUCCUUCAACUGGACUUUCAACAAUUCCCUCAGGCGUGACCAAGACCAGACCCUCCCCAGUAGCAGGUACACGCAGGAUGGGCUUCGCAGUACCCUCACCUACACUCCAACCAGCGAGCGGGACUAUGGCACCCUGCAGUGUUACGCUACCAAUGUCGUGGGCAAGCAAGAAGAGCCGUGUUCCUUCACCCUCAUAUCGGCAGGACCGCCGGAGGAAGUCAACAAUUGCACAGUACUCAACGUGACGUCACACUCCGCUGGCAUCAGGUGUUUGUCUGGUUUCGACGGCGGCCUGCCACAGCGCUUCCUCCUGCAGGUUUGGGAGGCAGAGUCCGGGCUGCUGAUGGUCAACACUUCUAGUUCUAGCCCAGUAUUUGCCGCGCGCCCCCUUGAACCCGGCAGGACCUACAAAGCAUCAGUGGCUUCGUACAACAGCCGAGGCCGCGCUACCCCCAGCCGGCUCCUCUUUCUCACUCUGAAAGAAGCUGAGAUGCAUAAAAGCCUGCCGUCGAUGGUGGAGCCCUCGCCACUCGUGCUGAUCCUCGGAGUGAUUACCGGCGUGUUGGUAGUAGUGGGCGCCCUCCUGCUGGCGGUGUGGCUCGUAAAGGAGAGAAGAAGCCACGGUCAUCAUGAUUCCGCCACAGUCACCCAAAUCGUUUUGAAAGACAACAACCCGGAUCUAUUGAGUGUGGAGGCUCCGGAGGAAGGUGUGGGCGUGAGGGUGAACGGCUCGGUGAAGGCAGCUCAGUAUGCCCCUCCCAGCAGCGGCGGCGCCCAAGAGGUGGCCAGUUAUCAGAGGUAUGAAGAAGAUGCAACCUCCCUCUACGGUUCCUCAUCUCCCGAGGCCACUGAAAGAACACGACUCACCACCUCCUCCAACACCUCUGCCUCUAAAGGAGGGGGAGGAGCGGCUGCUGUGACAGGAAGAGGCGGGGGAAGUCUCGGAGUUAACCUUCUGCGAGGUGGUCUCGGUGGAAGCGGCGGAGCAGUGGUGGGAGGAGGGGCCGCUGCGUCUCUGCCAAUCGUGGAAGCAGGCGAGCAGGACCUGAGAAGACAGACUACUGUCAGGCUGUUCAUGAGCGGCAGCCCCGAGGUGUCCUUCUGAAGGUUUGCGAGAUAACACCUCCCAGUUCUCCGUAGCCCAGAUACUCUAUACUAAUAAAUUCCGAGGCUCCGAACGCCUCGAAGCUCUUUGAGAUUUGCACUGUAGCUUGAUGUCCUUUUACGCCCAAAUCGAGUUUAGUUUUAGGUAAAGAGUUCUCCGAAGCCUCAUUAAAGCCGGAAGAUUUAAAUGAAAGUACAUCAUAAUUAAUCCUCCGAAGCUAAUGAAAAAAGAAAAAAAAAUAUGUAGCGAUGUGGAUGUAAAAAAUUGAAACUGCUGUCUCUGGACAAUAAACCAAAGCAUAAAAAAAUAGAACUCCAUUGGGGCUGUGACUUCAAUGGAGCGCAAAUCCUCGACCUCUGUGAAACGCGCAAUUUACGUGUUGUGGAGCAGGAAAGAGACGGUCCUCGAAGCCGCUUAGGAAACAGAAAAACUCCUAAUAACCAAAGGCAGCGGAAAAGAAUUCAUAAGUGAAAGUUAACAGUGAUUGGCGAAAGAGAGUGGCUGGAUUCUCGCCCAGGCUUGCAGCGCACAGAAAGCAAGAGGAAAUAUGCACACUUUCGUACAUAGUGGGCGCGAAGUACGAUGUGCCGUGAGGAGAAAAACAAUGAGCAUACCGUCACAUGCGACCGACGCGGAAGUGAAGGAAAGGGAACAAAACGAAAAGGGAAAGCAAGAAGAUGGAUAUGAAAGGCGAGGUGAGGACGAUGCUGGCACAGAUUACAUAAAGACAGUGACUGGAUGGAAAAGCGAACGUAAAGAGAAAUGUGACGAAAUCCUGUGGAAGGACACGGUAACUCGCCAAGAAUCAGAAUCGAAAAGCUGAGAGAGGAAAGAGGAACAGGAAGAAAGAAACAUAGCACUGCAGUUCCUCCUUUUUUUUCUUUUUCCUUGACCAUUACAGAGUCUGGACUUGUUUUCGAAACCCUGGUCUCUCAAGGACUUAGUGUUGUUUUUUUCUUUCUUUCACUCUUUUUUGUUUCACCUUAUUUUGUAUUUUCCCUUUUCUCUGUAUCCUCAGCGUUUUCUUGGGCGAACGCGUUUCCUGUGCAGAAUGUGCGGGUGCGUAUGUUGCGUCUGUUGUCCAAAUACGAAGAUGAUUGAGUUAUAACGUUCCUCGUCUGGGUUUGAUGGCCUUUGAUACUGCAGCAGCCUUGCCCCGAGACCAAGCAAGGGGGGAGAUGAAAACACGAAAAAAGUGCACAGUACGAAAGAAGUAAACCACCAUAGAGUAAAGUGAGCGUGGAAGGAGAACAGCAAUGUUUUUAACUCUAAUUCUCAUUUGAUGAGAAAGGAAACUCACAGUAAUGGUAUUUUACUAAUGUUGAAGGAAUUUCACGGUGUCAUUAAGGUAAAGUGUGUUAAUCAGGCGGCGUCUCAGGUACUGUAAAGGAUCUCACUAAUAAGGUACGUCAGGUGCUCAUGACGAGCAGGUACGUGAAGGUUACCUGGAUGAAAUUGUAUGUUAAAGGAGGAGCUAUUAGUUUCGGCGUCAGGAAGUAAGGCUUCACUCUUUUAAAAUUGGAUGUUUCUUGAUUCGUUUGUAUUUGUAUAUACGUGGUAUGUGUGUGUGUGUGUGUGUGUGUGUGUGUGUGUGUGUGUGUGUGUGUG